AUGGCCGUGACCAAACACCCCAUAACGCAUCACUGGAUCAAGCAAACACUCGUGCCGUUCCUCCUCUACGCAUUCGCAUCCUCACUUCCGUACCCUGCCGAUAUUUCGGUGCAAAUUCAGCGUUCUGUCGACUUUUGCUUCCAGAAGCCAGACCACCCCAGCGAUGGCGACGAUCUGGUGUUCGAGCGGAUCUUCAUGGCCAUCAUGCACAGAUAUAAGGAUUUAGCGCCUGAUCUGGAGAUGGUCGUCGACAACCUGGAGCCACUGGCGAAGUAUCUCAUUCGACGAGCACAGCUCAAAGGCCCGUACGAACUGUUAGGGAGACCAGACAUUGGGAGCGGUGCUUGGGUGAAGCAUGAGCGGGUGAGGCUGAGCCGUCUCGCUCUCGAGCCUGAAGAAGUAAAGGACGAGCUGCGCCCACCAGUGCGACCGCCUUCUAUUCCUACGAGGCAGCCUCCAGCUGAAGAAGACAUUGAUCCAAGGCUUGUGCAUGCGCAGCCAGGUCACUUCGCCGCAGCAGCUCUCUCAACGCAGCUGACUGCAGAAGAGGAUAGCCAUUAUCGACGCCAGAAUCGCGAAUUCGAACAGUAUCACUCGCGCAGACAGCAACAACAAAUGUACAGUGCUGCAACUCCGAUACAAACUAUCAGUUCAUCCUACACUCUGCCGGGAAGAGGUCCCACCAGCGCACCCAUCCUAUUUGGGUCACUGUAUCAACGACAACAGCAACAAUCACAGCAGAUGCUAACGGCGGCUUCUGUCUACACGCAACAACAAGCACAACAACAGGUAACUUCGCUACUGCAUGCAAAUCCGAACACACAGACUCAUCCACAGAUGCAAAUGUCGCAGCCGUCUACCAGUACAUUUACAGGCGGAAGGUCCGCGCAGCCAUACGCAACCGAGCAGCGUCUAUCACCUCAGCCCCAGUCAGCUCAAUACCCAUCUACUCAGUACCAGCCGGCUCAGUACCAAAUGGCUCGCCGCUCGGAAGUUCAGCAACAGCCAGCACAACCAACACAGUCGACACGCCAAUAUACGCAGCCUUCCACACAGCUCUCUCGCAUCCCAUUUCCACCGAAGCCUUCUCUGCCACCGCAGCCCUCUCCUGCGCUUGGCCAGCAAACACAUACCAUUUCAAGCAGCGACUUUGCCCAUCUCCGCGGCACAGACUGGUCCAACGCCGCCCAACAACGAGCCCGCGAGAUCGCGGCAAAAGUAACAGCGCAAGAGCGAGACAUGAUGGCACAGAGCAUCAUGCAACGACAACACUCCAUCGCACAGGCACCAACCGCGAUUGUGUCUGGGAAGGUUAUGUACAGCCCGACUAAGUCUGCUCAAGACACGCGCGCAAGACCUCAGUCUGCAAUGGGGUACUGUGGAGCUUCAUUCGAGCCUGCGAACGGCGGACAUGGGGCGACGACGGCAGGAAGUGGAUUGGGAAUGGCGCUACCAAGCAACGGCGAAAGAGCUGGACUGCCGACGCUGGAGCAGGUGCGCAGCCGCUAUUAUUCAUCACAACAACAACAACAACAACAACAACAACAGACCAGUGCUCAAUACUCAGCAAUGCCCCCGCCGCAAUGGCAGCUAUACAGUCCAUUCAUGAGUGAAAGACCACCAGCAACAGCUCCACAACAUACGCUGGGCCAGCAAAUGCAACCUCUACUGCCGCUGAUGAACGGAGUCCAGGUGGAUGCGCUUCAGCAGCUACAACACGCAGCAUGCUCAAGCGACGGGACCUCGGCGCAGUCAUGGCUAGAUAGCGGGCUGUCAAUGCCAUUGACAGGUGCAGGAGAAACAUGGUUGAAGAGCGAGGAAGAUGGAGGCGUAAGAAUGGAUGGUAUGGAGACGUAAGAAUGGAGACGUAAGAAUGGAUGGUAUGUAAGGCGCAGCCAUCGAUGCAAAAGGAGAGGUAG